CCCCCUCCUGAGGCCCCGCCCCCCGCUCGCCAGUAGGGCCGGCGAGCGGCGGAGGUGGCGGCUGCGCGCUGCGGUUCUGCGCUCUCAUCAUGGCGGCGGCGCGGGGCCAUGUGCAGGAUCCCAACGACCGGCGCCUCCGGCCCAUUUACGAUUAUCUUGAUAAUGGCAAUAAUAAAAUGGCUAUCCAGCAGGCAGACAAACUGCUGAAAAAACACAAGGAUCUUCACUGUGCUAAGGUUUUAAAAGCAAUCGGCCUGCAGAGAACCGGGAAACAAGAUGAGGCAUUCAUUCUGGCACAAGAAGUAGCAGCCCUUGAACCUACAGAUGACAAUUCAUUGCAAGCUCUGACUAUCCUAUAUCGAGAAAUGCACCGACCUGAGCUGGUGACAAAACUCUAUGAAGCAGCUGUGAAGAAAGUCCCUAACAGCGAGGAGUAUCAUUCCCACCUUUUCAUGGCUUAUGCAAGAGUUGGGGAGUACAAGAAGAUGCAACAGGCUGGAAUGGCACUUUAUAAGAUAGUUCCCAAAAACCCAUACUAUUUUUGGUCAGUGAUGAGUUUGAUUAUGCAGUCGAUCUCUGCGCAGGAUGAAAAACUCUCCAAGACCAUGUUUUUGCCCCUGGCUGAGAGAAUGGUUGAAAAAAUGGUGAAGGAAGAUAAAAUUGAAGCUGAAGCUGAAGUUGAACUUUACUACAUGAUUCUAGAACGCUUGGAAAAAUACCAGGAAGCUCUGGAUGUUGUGAGAGGAAAACUAGGAGAGAAAUUAACCAGUGAGCUCCAGAGCAGAGAGAACAAAUGCAUGGAGAUGUACAAAAAACUGGGCAACUGGCCGGAAUGCAAUGCUCUCUCGAGACAACUCCUGCUUAAAAACCCAGAUGAUUGGCAGUUCUAUAUUAUUUACUUUGACUCCCUUUUCCAACUGAUUGACACAGCCUGGAGUCCUCCGGCUGAAGGAGAGCACUCUCUGGAAGGCGAAGUGCAUCACAGCACAGAGCAGGCCGUGGCUUUCGUAGAGCAGAGGAUAAUCCACGAAGCCAACAGUGUCCGCCCGCUCCGGGGACCUUACCUGGCCCAGCUAGAGCUGAUCCGGCGCUUGCGGCACCGAGGCUGCAGCGAAGAGCACAAAUUGGGUGAUCCGGAAGAAUUGCUGUUCCAGUAUUUCAAGCGUUUUGGGGACAAGCCCUGCUGCUUUACUGAUAUCAAGGUGUUUGUCGACCUCCUCCCUCCAACCCAGUAUACAAAGUUCAUCAACCAGUUGUUGGGCAUCAUCCCCUUGUCUCCACUGACAGAAGGUGCCAUUGCACUCCCAGCGAGCCCUAAAGCGCUACAGCAACAUUUGUGUGUCGUGCAGUUGACCAGGUUGCUUGGCCUUUACCAUGCGAUGGAGAAGCCCCAGAAGCUGGCUGCUGUCCGCGACUUGAUGCUGCGGUAUCGACACGGACUGGAUUUUGGAAAAUCCUGUUUGAAGACAGAGCUGCAGUUUUCCGACUACUAUUGUCUCCUCGCUGUCCAUUUACUCCUUGACAUCUGGCUCGAGGCAGGUGAAGAGCCAGCUGCCUGGCGUUGCUUGGCGUUGCUGGAGGAAGGCCUGACCCACAGUCCCUCCAACGCUCAGUUCAAGCUGCUGCUCAUCCGAAUCUACUGCAUUCUCGGGGCCUUUGAGCCAGUUGUGGAGCUCUACUCCAGCCUGGAUGCAAAGCACAUACAGCAUGACACAAUUGGUUACUUGCUGACCCGCUACGCCGCAGCCUUUGGUCACUAUGCUGCCGCGUCGCAGUCUUGCAACUUUGCACUCAGGUUUUUCCACUCCAACCAGAAAGAUACCUCAGAAUACAUCAUCCAAGCCUAUAAAUAUGGUGCAUUUGAGAAGAUCCCGGAGUUCAUUGCUUUCAGGAACCGACUGAACUCCUCGCUUCACUUUGCACAAGUCCGCACCGAACGGAUGUUGCUGGACCUGUUACUUGAAGCAAAUAUAUCAACCAGUUUAGAAGAAAGUAUAAAGUCCAUGAGCCUCAGUCCCGAAGACGACGACAUUCCCUGGAAUGAUCUGCAAGAUAACCGAGACCUCACUGUCCUGUUUAAUUGGGAUCCAAAAGACAGGUGCAUUUCCGAAGACAACCGGAGGCUUUCCUUGGAGGAGGAGACCAUCUGGUUGCGGAUCCGGUCUCUGACGCUGCGGUUGAUCAGUGGCCUGCCGGCACUCAGCCACAAAGCUCAGCCCCGGAACUCCGAGAAGAACGCGGAGAACGGCGUCUCCUCCAAGAUUGACACCGUCCGGGCUCUGCUGCGGCAACUGGACGCUGCCGUGAAUUCGGGGAAACGCUUUCUGGAGCAGAAGAUCCAGUAUCCAGUCCUUGGUCCUCCUCCUUCCCGAAUGGCCCGCUACUUCAGCAGUGGGAGCUGCCAGUGCCAGACCAGCUUGUUUAACCUUGUUAGUGAAAUUCAUGACCUUGAUACCAACGGUUUAGAAGAUUCAACAGCAAUUCAAGAGAGAAUAGGAAAUAGCUUGACGUCAUUAUUAGAACAACUAACAGAUCAGUUCAAUAAAUGCAAAGGCGAUCUCUUGGAAGUGAGGGAAAACAGCGUCAAAACCCAUCCAAAUGUUCUCGAAAAUCUUGUCUUCUUUGUGGAGACCGUUUCCAUCGUCCUGUGGGUCUGCGGUUAUUCGGACACCAUCCUCCGGCCCUGCCGUUCAAGCUUGCAGAAGAAGAAGAAGAAGAAAAAAGAGAGCAACAUCGCAAUGCCCCCGGUGUUUGCCAGCUUCCAAGAAUACCUUUCUGGGCUCCAGACACUCAUUUCCAAUGGGAUCGAUCAUAUCAAAGGGCUUGAAAUUACUCUCACCGCACUUAAACUUGAAGAGCUGUCUAUAGAGGACGACUUACUGUUGCAGGAAGAAAAGAAGUUUACAAAGACUGCGCUAGGGAAGGUCCAGAGCAGUUACCAGCACGCAGUUCAGGAAAUGGGAGAGCUGCUGAAAAAGAGACUUGACACCAUCAAACACCUGAAGGUGUGAGGAAGCGCCACAUCGCGGGCGCCGCCAGAAGGCCGGGAGCGAUGAGCCGACGCCGGACAACAACAAACGGAGCCUCACCCGCCACCCCUCUUGACAUCGAAAUCGGGAACUUCCUCACCAAUGCAUGAAGGACUUUUAUCAUAAGAUAGUUUUUUUAUGUAUUACAAAGUUAUAUUCAAGCGAUUAAAUUAUUGUACAUAAAAUCGAGGCGCAGGGACCCUCCUCCGUCAGGGUUAGACCACUUUUUAUACACGUUCAUAAUAAGCCUAUUGUAACCGGAGCAAAAAACCCCCGGAACUCGUUUCGCUUCCCUUUGUGGGCGGAGAGGGAGCCUUCUUCUCCCGAAACACUUUUGGGGGUUUUUGACGUCUUUAGAAGCAGCAAUAGAAAUCCAGUGUAAAGCAUAUUUCAAAGGAGUUUGUAUUUUCUUUUUUCUUUUUUUCCAUCCCACGAUGUUUCUAUUUUCGUGUCUCCGUUUCUUGCCUUAGGAAAGCAGAAGUCGAGAGAGGCCUGUGCUCAGCUGUGAGGCUUUGAGCCGCUUCCUGUUCCUUUGUCAUUUUUUCCCCAGUCUCUUCAUAGGUCCAACUUAGUUACGGUCCCAGAGGGUUGAAUAGGAGGCCUGCGCAAGUUGAGUUUUUAACCUUUUUGUGUGUUAUAAAUUAAAAAACACUAUACGGAGGCAGUAGGAUGAAAUAGUGACCGAAGGAAGCGAUACACUUGAUUUUGAAACACAGUUGACCGAAAGCAUGCGUUGCUUCUUCACUUUCAGCCCAGAGAGAUGACCCAUGUUGUCUGUCUCGGGACAAAAUAGUGAUUGGUUCAUACGAUCUGGAAUGGUAUCUUUAUUAUUGAGGUUUGGAUGAGUUUGGAUGAGUUGCGUCUCCUGUUUCUCACGCUUACCUAAUCUUACGACGGAUGCUGAGCAUCUUUGGGGAAUGUAUGUAAGAUAAACUUAGGAUGAGGUAGACGUGUGGACAACAGGCUGCUCAAUCCCAUUGCCAAGGGACUAAAUCUCAUUCCACCUGACGCAGAUCUUGGUGAGGACUUGCAUCCGCUCCUGUCAGGUUAAGGGCUAUGUCUAUUGUUUGGUAGACAGACUAGGGCUGGAUCUACAUUGCUGUCUAAUGCAUUAUAUGACAGUGUAAAUCCAGCCUAGGAUUGGUCUCCAGUGUUCAGGUCCGAAGCCUUGGCUUUUGGCGACAGAUCCAUAGUCUCAUUUCUUGCCAAAUACUCGCUUCGUGCCCCAUUGCGUUUGAUUUUAUUUUCAAGCUAACAAGACAAAAAUACCUUUUUUUCCCCUUUUCAAGUUGUAAUUGUGUUUCAAUACUAACCUUGUGUUGUUUUUUGCUGACUGGCACAAGGGAAAGAAACAGCGGAUUGAACUCCUUAAAAACUGAGCCUAAAAACAGAUUUUGUUUGGAAGCAAGCUUUGGAAAAGUGACUGGUUUAAGAAAAAGAACAUCCAGCGAUGUAGUUUUAAUGUUUGGAGAGCGCUAGUGAUGUCAACGUCAUGAUGGAUAUUUUUUCCCAUUUGUUUCAGGGCCGCUCUCCAUCUUCGUGUAGUUUCGAAGCCUAGACAGCGUUGUGGUAGACAGAGCCUGAACUAGACAACCUGGACAAAAGCUAAGCCCAACUUUGGGAGUCUUUUUCCUUUUUGGUCCAAAGACUCAAGACCGUAGACCUUUUAAGGAAGGCUGGUGUGGCUUUUACUUAAAGAUCUAGAGAUGUUCUCCUCAAGAGAACGGUGUACGCAGCGUAGUUUGAUAAGAUACAAGACUGAAAUUUGGAUUUUGUCUAUAUACAUUUCAAAACAACUGCCUCCUUUGUUAACUGCUUUGUGAGAGAGGCUUUUAAAAAUAUUUCCAACCAGACUUCUUCAUUCGGCGUCAGGGUCCAAAGUGCCUAGUCUUGCUGACUUUAAUGUGAGAUAUGUCUUGAAAUAGCAUGUUAGGCAUUUCCUGGGCCCCGGGAAUUGUCAGCAAAAUGGCAGUUGAUGGCAGUUUCCCGCAAGCGCCGUUGUCUUUCUCGCAAGCUCUGUUGCGAUGGAAUGUUUGCUUAGUGUGGCUCAUGUUUACUGCCUCCUGAGCUGCAUUCAGCCGUUGGCUCUGCUCUGGACGGGGCCGGCAGUCUGUUUUGGCUGAAACCCUGUUUUAAAUCGUUGAAAGGAAUUGUUGACACGUUGUGUAGUUCAGUUGCCCUUGGGGAAAUGGGCAUCCCUCCCGUUGGAGUGGAGUGGUUCCAUCUUUACGGAGUUGCUCUCAACUCCUUUGUCUUCCAAAGGUGGUUUGCCUCUGUUUGGAUCUUCUGGCGGAGCAGGCCAGACGGUUCUAGAGCGCUAGGAACUAUCAAUUGGAGAGGAUUCUCGCUCAUUCAGAUGUUCCCUCUGAGUUCACUGUAAAAUGUUGUUUUAUCCCAUUUUUCUUGUGCUUUAACAUGUACCGCCAGAGUGCUAAAAGCCAACUGUUUACAGACCAAGAGACGUUUGUUGUUCUUUAUCGCAGCCAAGGUCCUUCCACCGCUCUCUCUCUCUGGCCACCCAGUUCUUCUCUGUGGAUCAGGACGGAGGAUGUCAAUCCACACAGAAAACCCCGUUGCCUGGCUGUGUUUUGUUUGGAUUGCGGGGGGGUGGCAAGCGUUGUAUCUUUUUAGUCAUUUUUAACUGUUUAAAAAUUGCGUUUCUAUUUUGCGACUGUUCUGUUUGAUUCAUGGGGCGUUUUGUCUCUUUCUUGAACCCGUUCAAAGGGAGGGGGGAAGGGGGUCCUCGGGACGUCUCUCUCCCUCCCCGGUUUGCGCCGCUUGCUCUUAAGUUAUGACUGUGGAAAGUCUGUAUGGAACAGCCUCCGCCGCCCACCGAAUUUCAGUGACGAAACUGCUAGCAAUCUGCUUUAAACUGGAUGGGUUUAUAAUUUAUAAAAAGUCGAGUUUCUUUUUAAAACUGA